AUGGCGGUUUUCCAGGAGCUGGCUGUGUAUGAGUGUCAGUUCCUCAACGGCACCGAGCGGGUGAGGUUUGUGGAGAGGCGCAUCCACAACCGGGAGCAGUUCAUGCACUUCGACAGCGAUGUGGGGCUCUAUGUGCCCGACACCCCCCUGGGCGAGCCCCAAGCCAAGUCCUGGAACAGCCAGCCGGACAUACUGGAGCAGGCACGGGCUGCAGCGGACACGUACUGCCGACACAACUACGGGGUGGUGACCCCUUUCACCGUGGAGAGGAGAGUUCAGCCCAAGGUGAAGGUCUCCCCCAUGCAGUCGAGCUCCCUGCCCCAGACGGACAGGCUGGUUUGCGCCGUGACGGGAUUUUACCCCGCGGAGAUUGAGGUGAAGUGGUUCAAGAACGGGCAGGAGGAGACGGAGCGCGUGGUGUCCACGGACGUGAUCCAGAACGGAGACUGGACCUACCAGGUGCUGGUGAUGCUGGAAACCACCCCGCAGCGCGGGGACACCUACACGUGCCAGGUGGAGCACGUCAGCCUGCAGCACCCCGUCACCCAGGACUGGGAGCUGCAGCCGGACGCCGCCAGGAGCAAGAUGCUGACGGGGGUGGGGGGCUUCGUGUUGGGGCUCAUCUUCCUGGCGCUGGGGCUCUUCCUCUACGUGCGCAAGAAGGGCGCCUCGCUCCCCAGGCUGCAGGUAACGGCCCUCUCCCCCCACCCGUCCCCCCCCGCGCCCCGGGGCCACCGCGUCCAUAUGGAGCGUGUCCCCCGAUAG